AUGGAUUGGCAAAGAAAAAACUGUUCUUGGAUCUUGGCUAGUGUGUUUAAAUGGAGGGACAAAAUUAAGGGAAUUAAUGCUUGGGCUACUGUUCUGAAAAAUGGUAAAUAUAGAACAGCAGACGUGUAUAAAGAGCUUCGUAGAAAUAAAGGGCAAGUUCCUUGGAAACAUUUGAUGUACCAAAACUAUGCUAAACCUCGGGCCAGGUUCAUACUGUGGCUGAGCUUAUUGGAUCGGUUGAACACCAAGGAUAUGCUGCUGAAGCGUGGGAGUAUAAUUGAUGUUGGUUGUAUUUUCUGCAAGGAAAUGGAAACUGUCCAUCAUCUGUUUUUUGAAUGCCAGGUAACCAACCAAAUUUGGCGCAUAGUUCUGCAACAUAUUAGAUAUGACAAAAGUCCAAUGGGUUGGACACAAGAGAGAGCAUGGUUAAAUAUUAAAACUAAGAGGAAAGGAUGGCAUGGAGACUUAUUAAAAAUUGCAAUUGCUGAAAGUGUUUAUGGUAUCUGGAGACAUCGUAAUGAUGUGAUCUUCAACCAAUCUCAAGUGGAUCCUCAUAUUUGGAAGACAAUAGUUCAUGAUGUUCUUAUUAGAGAUAGUUUCCAUAAGUCUAUUAGAAAUCAUGUAAAUGUAGAAACUAUGAGUAUCUCUCUUUAA